AUGGUAUACGAAGAUGCGAAGGCCGUCAAAGCUGUGUCAGCGAACACAGAUUUAAUACCAGCUAUAACCAAAAAGACUGCGAUAUACAAGUCAGAUUGCACAAAGCUUUUCAGUCUGUAUAUAAAUGAGUUGAUAGCAGGGCUAAGCAGCAAGCGUAUCGGAUGUUGGAUUGAUGGAAUUUGUGUGAAUAACCUUAGCUACGCGGAUGAUAUGGUGCUGCUCGGCCCAACUGCCAACGCAAUACGGGAACUUUUAGACUACUGUACCAAAUACGCUGCAAGCCACGGUCUUUUGUAUAACUCUAAAAAGAGUGUCUUCAUGAUCUUUAAGGGCGUCAGCAAAAAAAUAUCCCUUGAGCCGGUCAUUACGCUUAACGGACAGGUAAUUCAAAAAGUGACACAGUUUAAAUAUUUGGGGCACUGUGUCACGGAUGACCUUGGGGAUCAUGCAGAUAUUGAACGGGAACGCAGGGCUCUUGCUGUGAGAGCGAAUAUGUUAGCACGUAGGUUUGCUCGCAUUAGUAAGGAGGUAAAAGUUACUUUGUUUAAAGCGUAUUGCCAAACCUUCUACACGAGUAGCCUGUGGUUUAGUUACACGCGUGGAGUAUUGGAUAAAUUGAGAAUCCAGUACAAUAACGGCUUCAGAAUGCUUUUGGGCUUGCCGCGUUUCUGUAGUGCCUCAAACAUGUUCGCACAGCAUCACACCCAUGACUUUUAUGCCAUGAUACGACUUAAAACGGCGUCACUUCUGCAAAGGGCACGGUCAAGCUCAAAUGGCAUUCUGGAGAUGUUAACAAAUAAACUUGACUCGCCUAUUAUGCAACACUUUAUGCAAAUACUGGUGAGGCAAGAGUAAUGUUAAGGUUUUAUUAUUAUAUUUUAUGUGUGUGUUACUAACAUAGCUUUUAUAAGUGUUUCUGUAACUAACCCGUGGACCUCUGUUGUCUGAGAAAUAAA